GUCAGUCUCAUUCGGCUUUCCGCGGCACCGACGUCGCGACCUCCACGCCCCGCACCGCGAGUUAUACCCAUCGACCCAUCGCACAACGACGUACGUCAAAACUUACACGCGACACGACCGCGUUAAAUUUCGCGCGCGCCCAAAAAAUAAAAUAAUUUUAUUUUUUCCAAUACAAAUAUUAUUAUUAUUUUUAUUUAUUUUUUUUUUUUUUAAUUUAUCGUCAGUCCGUCACCGUCGCGUCUAUACGCACACUUCGACGCCGCCGACGCCCCCUCCCUCCCCCCCAAAGCGGCGGAAGGAGCUGCAGACGUCAUGCACCCGCACCCGCGGCGACUCAACCCGCUGUCCGUGGCCCUGUCGCUGCUGGUCGUCGGGGCUGCGACGGCGGGUCGCGCUCGCGCGGCGGCCGCGUCGCUCAAGUGCGACGGCGGCGACGUCAGCUUCGAACUGCUCACCGGAUACGCGGCCAGUCCGGCGGCCAAGCACGCGAUGCGCGAACAGUUGGCGCUGUUCACGUUGCCGCAGUGCAUAGACGCCUGCAAGUCGGACGACCAAUGCGCCGCCGUGACGUACGAGACCGGCGCCUGCGUGUCGUACGCCGCGGUGCCUCAGAAGAACGCCAACGCGGAUUUUCCGUUGAAACGAUCGCAUUACCCAAUACAAAGCGCAACAGUUGCUCGGAAAAUAUGUGUCCGGACACCAAAGUCGUGUAACCAACGGUCAUGGAGUUUCGAUACAAUUCACGGGGAACUAAAAGUUACUUCCAAACAGCAUUUCAAAGCUAUUUCACGGUUUGGUUGUAUGGACAAGUGUUUAAAUGAAAAGAGCUUCCAAUGCAGAUCCGUCAACUUCAAUAAGGAGACUGGUGACUGUCACUUGAACGACGUGGACCAGUUCACUGUGUCCGGGCGCCCGCCAAUCAGCAAUCGGUCGGCCGACGUCGUAGACUACAUGGAGUCAAACUGCGUGGUCGAGCAACCGAAGAUGUGUGACUUCGCGGAGGUCGGUGGAAAGUUACUGAGGACGGUUGACGCCAUCUACGAGAACGUACCCACUGCGGACCGGUGCAAGGAGAUAUGCCUGGCGUCCAAGGAGUUCCAAUGCCGUUCAUUUGACUACAACGAAACGGGUGUGAACGUUUGUCGUGUCUCACACCAUAGCACGUCCAGCCUGUCGCAGCAGCAGCUGGACUACCGCCCUUACCUGACGGUGGCCGGUGCCACCACUUACCAGAUGUCGUCGUGCUUCAGCGUGAAGAUCGACUGCCGCGGCGCGGACAUGGUCGCAUCUGUACAUACCAACCGGUUGUUCGACGGCAAAGUGUACGCCAAGAAUCGGCCAAAUUCUUGCGUCAAUGACGUGAAGAGCACGAUGGACUUUGAGCUCCGAUUGGACUAUCAUAGCUCGAACUGUGACGUCCGACAGGACCAACCCGGCAAGUUUUUCACCGAAAUCAUUAUCCAGCACCACGAUCAGAUCGUUACGGGCCAGGACAUCGGACUGUCAGUGCGGUGUUCGUACGACCUGCAAAAUCGGAGCGUGGGCCAGGGCAUUGAGCUGGCGAUGGCACCGGCCGUUGAAUCCGAUGACGACGGGGCCGAGUCGGACGCGCCCGACAAAAACGGCGGCGGCGGUGGAGGUGGAAUCGGAGGCAACGACGUAGAAGAAACGGCAUUUGUAAUCUCACCCACGGUGAUGAUGAGGAUCACGAACCGGGCGGGCGGUGACAUACACGCUGCGCAAGUGGGUGACCCGCUCAGCCUCCGGUUCCACAUACUUGACGACCGUUCGCCGUAUGAGAUUUUCGUCCGGGAGCUGAUCGCCCUGGACGGCGUGGACACCAGCGAAAUACUGCUCAUCGAUGGCGACGGUUGUCCCACGGAUCCGACCAUCAUGGGACCGAUAUCAGCCGUGGACGCGGCCGGUGGCGGUACCGUCAAGAUACUGGAGGCGCCCUUCGACGCCUUUAAGUUCCCCACGUCCGACAUCGUUCAGUUCAAAGCACUUGUCACGCCAUGUUUGCCAAAGUGCGAGCCCAUCAACUGCAACGUGGUGGGCCACAACGGCGCGGUCCGCCGGGCCGAUUCCUUUGGAAGACGGCGCCGCAGGCGUAGUACCGAUGGUGGCAACCAGACCGAAGAAGUGGUCUUCCAGGAGAUCCGGAUCGAGGACAAAUUCAAAUUCGAAGCCCAACUGGGUGAACCCGGUCACGAGAUCAACUUUUCCGGCAGCAGUGGCACCGGCACCUCCACUACCUCCAUAGGUAACCAGAACACAUAUUGGAACACGUACGCGUUCGCACUGGUGCUGGUCGCUUUUGUCGUGCUCCAGCUGUUCGUCAUAUUCGUGUGUUGGCUGUACGUCACGUAUGGGUCGCGGAACAACAGCGAGGACGCCUCCAUAUACGAAUCAGCCAUCAGCGAGUACUCGUCCACCGUCCGGACGCCGAUAUCCUGGGACAACAAUUAUUAUAAAUAAUUUUUGAUCGUCGGGGGGAUACCGAAUUACCGAUUAUACGGUAUAAUACCAUGCUGUAUCAUAUUUUAUACAUAGGUAAAGUGUAUACCGCCGCGAUUGCCCGAGACAUAGUGACGGACAGUCGAAAUCCUAAAACUCAUCCACAUAUAAGUUACACUAUAUUAUUUUAACGUAUCGAUGUAAAUUAAAUUAAACUGCACCCGCGACCAUUAACGAUGUAUUGGACGGUAGUAUAGCCGGUAAUUAAGUCGUAUAUGAGGAGGGAAAAGAUCAACACCGUACGGAAACGGCAUAUAUCGUGGUCUAUAUAUUAUACAUUAUAUGCAUUAGGUAUAUUACAAUAUAUUGCUAUAUACUAUAUGAGGUGCCGUGGUUAUCAUAUUUUGGAAUUUUCUCGGUGGUUGAUCUGAUAUGCAUAUAUACCUGCACGCUAUAUUAUAUUAUCAUUAUUGUAAGAUUUAUUUUUAAAAUUAUUUUAUGGGCGUGAUUGUUGUGUUUAUGCACCCCUUGACUAUGCAAGAGAAAAAAAUUCUGAAAAUUCGUGACUCCCUUUCGUCACUACAAUAUCUAAUGUUUUUCAUAUUUUUCUAAUUCAAUGUUAUAAAUAAACAUAAGAUCAUGUCUCACCAAGAGCAGUCGGUUUGCAAACCUACCUAGUAUGGUAGAGCUCUAAUUUUUACAUUAAUAAUUUAGAGAUAACUGCAACUGCAUUUUUGUGGAAUGCUCGUAUGCUUUUUAUUAAAAUAUUACUUUAACAAAAAGUUCCAAUCAUUUAAAAAUAUGAAUGUAUAUAUAUAUGAAUUUAUAAAAUCAAAUAUGGUUUACGUAACAAAAAUUCGAUAUGAAAUGCAUUCAAAAAUGUAUUUGCUUUUCAUAUAACAAGCGUUUUAGUUCUCUAAAAUCUCAAAAAAGAUAGUGAUAGUCGAACUGCGUUAACUAUUGUUCUGAUAAACUCUCUAUUAACUUUAAAAUCACAUAACAAUCUCUAGAUUUUUUUUUUAAUUAAUAUUUAAAUAAAUCUUUAUUUUCCUUAAAAUUUUUCUUAAAUUACCAAUAUUAAACUCCCUAAAGUACACCAACAUAAGGACUUUGCAGUAAUAUUAGUUGCUUAUGAAAACAACUUAGCCUCUAACUCCACUUCAAAAAUCAUAAAAAAAAAUAAGAAGCUUUGAAAUGCAAUGUC